AUGGACCCCGCAAUACACACCAAGCUCAAAACCGCCUUUCACAAGUUCCGAAAAUGGGGACUAGACAACCACAACCACCUAGUAUCCAUAGCUGACGAUCUCGAGAACAGCGAGGUGCACAAGCCGAAAAACUAUAAGGGGUAUCAGAUGCUGUUUUGGCGGUUUCGGGGGAUGUGGCCUAAUGUUUGUUUGGUCCAAGAAAUCCUAAAAGAUCAAGCAACCGCUACAUGUACCUCCAGAAACCGACCUCCUGCACAUGCUUCCACGACUAAGACCUCGUCCUCCGGUAUCCAGCAUGCAUCGCCUCUGCAAAACCCAACUGCACCACCACCACCACCGCCAUCACCAUGUGCAACCAACGUUAGUAAACAUAACACCACCACCACCACCACCACCACCACCACUACCACCACUGCAAUCCUCUUCUCGCGCUUUAAAUCCCCCGUCAUGCUCCCCUUUGCCAAAUGGUGGGCCGAAUCCCAAGACAAGAGAGAAGGCCCCCUGUUGCCCGCAUCGAGCUUUGAAGAGGCCGUCGAGGCGAUUUGUAGCUCUAUUUCUCUUAUCGUGGAUGAUUGGGAAGCGGAGAUUGUUCCUUUGUUGGUGGUGUCGGAUGUGGUACAAGUAGAUGGACAGCGGGAAGCGAGUGGUGGUGCGGGGGCAUGA